AUGGAGCCCAGUGUCUUGCUUCUCCUUGCUGUCCUCGUGGGCUUUUUGGUACUCUUAGUCAGGGGACACCCAAAGUCCCGUGGCAACCUCCCACCAGGACCCCGUCCCCUGCCCCUCUUGGGGAACCUCUUGCAGAUGGACAGAGGAGGCCUCCUCAAUUCCUUCAUGCAGCUUCGAGAAAAAUAUGGAGAUGUGUUCACAGUGCACCUGGGACCAAGGCCCGUGGUCAUGCUUUGUGGGACAGACAUCAUAAAGGAGGCCCUGGUGGGCCAAGCUGAGACUUUCUCUGGCCGGGGGACCGUUGCUGUGGUUGAGCCUGUCUUCAAGGAAUAUGGUGUGAUCUUUGCCAAUGGAGAACGUUGGAAGACCCUUCGGAGAUUCUCUCUGGCCACCAUGAGAGACUUUGGGAUGGGAAAGAGGAGUGUGGAGGAGCGGAUUCAGGAGGAAGCACAGUGUUUGGUGGAGGAACUGCGGAAAUCCCAGGGAGCCGCCCUGGACCCCACCUUCCUCUUCCAGUGCAUCACGGCCAACAUCAUCUGCUCCAUUGUGUUUGGCGAGCGCUUUGACUACACAGACCGCCAAUUCCUGCGCCUGCUGGAGCUGUUCUAUCGGACCUUUUCUCUCAUGAGCUCAUUGUCCAGCCAGGUCUUUGAGCUCUUCUCUGCUGUCCUGAAGUACUUUCCUGGCACCCACAGACAAAUCUCCAAAAACCUGCAGGAAAUCCUUGACUACAUUGGUCAAAAUGUGGAGAAGCACAGGGCCACCUUGGACCCCAACGCUCCACGGGACUUCAUUGAUACCUACCUUCUGCGCAUGGAGAAGGAGAAGUCCAACCACCACACGGAGUUCGAUCACCAGAACCUCAUGAUGUCUGUGCUCUCUCUCUUCUUUGCUGGAACUGAGACCAGCAGCACCACGCUCCGCUAUGGCUUCCUGCUCAUGCUCAAGUACCCCCAUGUUGCAGAGAAAGUCCAAAAGGAGAUUGAUCAGGUGAUCGGCUCACACCGGCUGCCAGCCCUUGAUGACCGCACCAAAAUGCCAUACACUGAUGCAGUCAUCCACGAGAUUCAGAGAUUUUCAGAUCUUGUCCCUAUUGGAGUGCCACACAGAGUCACCAAGGACACCACGCUCCGAGGGUACCUGCUCCCCAAGAACACUGAGGUGUACCCCAUCCUGAGUUCAGCUCUCCAUGACCCACGGUACUUUGAACAACCAGAUGCCUUCAAUCCUGAGCACUUCCUGGAUGCCAAUGGGGCACUGAAGAAAAAUGAAGCUUUUCUGCCCUUCUCCACAGGAAAGCGCAUUUGUCUUGGUGAAGGCAUUGCUCGCAACGAGUUGUUCAUUUUCUUCACCUCCAUCCUCCAGAAUUUCUCUGUGUCAAGCCACGUGGCUCCCAAGGACAUUGACCUCACUCCCAAGGAGAGUGGUAUUGGAAGAAUAGCCCCAUCAUACCAGAUCUGCUUCUUGGCCCGCUGAUUUGGCUGAAGCAGCCAGGUGUCCCACUUCUGUUGAGAAUGGCUCUAUCUCUGUGUCUCUGGGGGAGCUGCUGGAAACCAGGCCACAGGUUGCUGCUUGCAUCUUUCCUCCUGUUGCUGUUCUCCUCAGCUGGAUGGUGUGGUCUUCCUCCUCGUGAAUGGAACUGAAGAAAUCAAUCAACUGUCUUUCUGGAUAUGUGAACAGAGACUUCUGGAGUCCACUUCUCACACUGAGUCACUUCCAUCUUCCUCCCAACAGCCCCAGCCCCCAGGCCCUGGAACCUCAUCAGCUCUCCACACUGUGUUUUGUGCUAAUGGACUCUGUACAAGGUCCGAAUUCUGUGUCUACA